AUGACCAUCAUCAGUCACCCGAUCGUCACUGAUGACCACUCAUCAGUGACCGUCGAGGGGAAAAGGAAGCUACGGCUGAGAGAGAUAGCAAGCGUGGCGUCGUCAGGGCGGCGGUUCCCACCAUCGGUCUCCGCCGCCUUCGCUGAGUGGGUCGCGGCGGCCGGCGGCGGCGACCUGUCCCUCGGCUUCAAUGCCGGCGCCGCGCCCGCGUCCGCCGUCUGGGCCCCGGCGGCCGCGUCGCGCCAGUCUGCCGCCGCGCUCAACUACGGCAUAGCCGCUGCUGGCGACUUCGUUCUCUCGCCCGCGGCGGCCUCGAGCUCUUUCCACCACCAGACGGCCGACCCGGGGUUCGCGCUCCUCUCUGCGGGACUCGUCGACCCAGACGCCGCUGCCAGCAACAGCAAGCCCGGCACCGCCAUCCAGUUCUGGCAGCCGCCGACGGCUGCGGCUGGAGCAGCCGACGACACGAAGAAGCCCGUCGCCAGCGUAAUGGCAUCUGUCGGCGGCUCCGGUGGGGCGUCGUGCAACGACUGCGGGAACCAGGCGAAGAAGGACUGCCCGUACCAGCGCUGCCGGACGUGCUGCAAGAGCCAGGGCUUCGACUGCACGACUCACGUCAGGAGCACCUGGAUCCCCGCCGCUUCCCGGCGCCGCGACCGCCAGAACCCCGCCGGCCCCAACGGCGACGACAGCGCCUCGGGCUUAUCCCCUUCCUCCUCCAAGAAAGCCCGCCGGCUCCUCUCCUGCCAGACCACCACCACCAACUCCCGGACCCAGUCCACCUCCUCCCGCAGCUUCGACGCCACCUCCACCCAACAAGAAGCGCCGUUCAGGGACAGCCUGCCGCGGUACGUGCGGGCGCCGGCGGUGUUCCGGUGCGUGCGGGUGACGCCCGUCGAUGACGGCGGCGGCGGCGGGGGCGUGGACGAGCUCGCGUACCAGGCGUCGGUGACCAUCAACGGCCACAUGUUCAGGGGGUUCCUCUACGACCAAGGCCGCGGCAACGUCAGCGUCGACGAGUCCUCCAGCCACGCCGCCGCCGUGCGCAGCAUCUCCGACCUCCACCUCGGCACGGCCGUAAGCGCUAGCUCCGCGGUGCCGCCCGGCGUGUACGAUGCCGUCGGCAGCGCGCAGCUGAUUCUUGGCGGGUUGAGCUAUGCGGAGAAAAGAGAGCCAGUGUGCAAUGCAUGUGGUGAUACGAAUUCUCAUGCCUCCCUUAAAAUAAUCUGCUGGGGAUAGUAGUAAAUGGAAGCCGUCACCGGUUGCUGCUGCCUGUUGUUUUAACAACGGAGAAGACACUUGUCCUAGUAAUAUUUUUGCAAGAAGAAAGAAAGAGCUUCCCGGUGUUGAUGCACUCAUGCACGUACAUAUCCUUUUUACUAGCAAGAUGUCCGGAUAUUAUUUGUAUGUUUUAGCUGCCGGCCUGCGUACUUGCUCCGUUUCUUAAAAAUGUCAUAUUACCUUUUAUUAAGACAAUUUUUUAUCACAAAUUAUUAUGUUUAAA